AUUGUCUUAAAAGCCUUUCAAUCCCCCCCUCAGUUCCCUCACAAUCAAACGAAACCAUGGCUGCCACUCACUCUCUUAGAGCCCUUCACCACCACCACCAUUCCUCUUCCUUCAAACGCCUCUCCACCCCUCCUCCUCCUCCACCCUCCUCCUUCUUCCUCAAACCCCCCUCCUCCUCCACCUCCACCACAAACACUCUUUCCUCUCUCUCCUCUACCACCACCUUCUCUCAUCCUUCUUCCACCACAUCCACAACUACUUCCCAAGCUAUCUCCUUUGACACCCUCCAACACCACCUUUCCAAUCAAAACUUCCGCCAGGCCGACGAAGAAACCCGCCAUCUGCUCAUCCUUCUAGCCGGCGAAGCAGCUCAGAAGCGCGGCUACGUCUUCUUCUCCGAAGUCCAAUUCAUCUCCCAAAAUGACCUCAAAGCCAUUGACGAACUUUGGAAAAAACACAGCAACAACAAAUUCGGGUACAGCGUCCAAAAAAGACAGUGGCAAAAAGUAAAAAAGGACGUCACCAAGUUGUUCCUCAAACUGGGAUGGAUGAAAAAGCUCGACACGGAAAUUGAACAAUACAAUUACAGGGCAUUUCCCGAUGAGUUCAUUUGGGAACUCAAUGAUGAAACACCCGAAGGGCAUCUGCCAUUGACGAAUGCGUUGAGAGGAACGCAGUUGUUUAACAGUAUUCUUAGUCAUCCAGCUUUUGAGGGUCAAGAAGAAGAGGCUGAAACAGGUGAAAAUGGAGGUGUUACUGUUAGAGAUGGAACCACAAAGCCACUCAGCAACAAGUUUUUCAAACCAAAUUACAGUUUCUAAUAUAUCCGACAGACAUGAAAUUUUCAAUGUUUUAAGUAAAAUACAUUGUAAAAUCUAAUUUGGGCUUUUCUAAACUUGUAAUGAAUUAAUGUCUGUAAUCAUAAAAAACUGGUGGAAUUAUUGGGUUUGUUUUUUUUCUA